AACAAGAAACUUGCCUUCUUAUUAAUGCUUGCUUGUCUGUGUCUCUAGCUAUAUAGAGCUAGAUUUGAUGAUGACAAUGGGGAAGGACAACAAAAUGAAGGGCAACAAUGUCAACAAGAGCAAGCUGAGGAAAGGACUGUGGUCGCCAGAGGAAGACGAGAAGCUGAUGAGGUACAUGUUGACGAACGGACAAGGUUGUUGGAGUGACAUUGCCAGAAACUCUGGACUCCUUAGGUGUGGCAAAAGCUGUCGUCUUCGUUGGAUCAAUUACCUCAGACCUGACCUCAAACGUGGCCCUUUUUCUCCUCACGAAGAACACCUCAUCAUUCAUCUUCACUCUCUUCUAGGCAACAGAUGGUCACAUAUUGCUGCACGUCUUCCUGGAAGAACAGACAAUGAAAUUAAGAAUUUCUGGAACUCCGCAUUGAAGAAAAGGCUAAAAAACAACAGCACCACUUCCUUAACUUCAUCACCAAACAACUCAUCCCCGUCGACGUCAUCAUCAGACCCUAAAAAUCAUGUCUUGACAAGCAUGAUCGACCCAUUAAUGCCACCGUGAAUU